AUGCCACCUCCAGCUUCCACACCCGAAACGCCCUGGCAUCCAUCUACUGAUGCUAACGGAGUGUUCAACGGUCGCUUAGAAGAUCUUACUGGCGAAGAGACAGUAGAGAUCAAGCUUUCUGUGCUCAAAGAACUGCUCGAGAACGCUGCAGAGGCUGGCGCACGGAAGUUCGCGGAGGAAAUGGCGCAUCGAGAUCUUGUCACCUCGGCGAGCCAGCUCCAAAUCGGAACCCUGCCAACCAACACUCAGUCGACAGAUCUGCCUCCUGACGGCGGCGACAGUCAGAUGACUGACGCAACCACGGACAAGAGCUGGCGCGAGAUUGAGAUGAAGAUCGGAGUCACCACUGGUGAUCAAGAAUGGACUCUCUGUUCGACUGUUCGGGAUUGUUGCAAAUUGCCCAAGCUCCUGAAGCUCGUUUCAUCCCAACUGAACAGAGACGAUUUCAUUUCUGGUCGCGUAACGCUGAAGGACGCAGAGAUGGACAAUCAGACGAUCGUGAUCGAUGGACCUCUUCGUAAAAACGACAUCAAGGCCUAUGCGGUCUGGCUCAAUCGCAAUGUUCACCUCGACGAAUGGAUGGCAGGAGAGGUCAACGUUACCGUGGAUCUGGCAGAUUGA